CAUUUGAUAACGGCAGAGUAAAUGAAGUGACAUCUCAUAUUCAACUGAAGACAUUUUCGGUGCAUUAUCACGGCUGGCAGGGAAUCGAUUACCUCAACCAUAAUUUGUCAUGUGAUCUAAAAAUGGCGCUGGCAACCAAGUAGAAUUUUUUGUGAUAUUUCAAUCAAAAAACCUGUUUCAGUAAUUUGUAAAACUCUGAUAAACGUGAAUGUUAUUCAGGCAGGUGUACAGAUGUAUGUGUAAUUGGUCCAAAAAGAUGAAGGUGGACGCAUUACUAAUUGACCUAAGUGGUACUAUCCACAUUGAGGAUACUGCUAUCCCAGGUUCUGUUGAAGCUCUGCAAAGGCUAAGAAAUUCUGAUAUCAGGUUGAAAUUUGUAACUAACACCACAAAAGAAUCAAAGAGGUUGCUGUGUGAGAGACUUGAUAAAUUAGGAUUUGGGAUAAAGGAGGAGGAAAUAUUCACCUCACUGACUGCAGCUAGGCAGCUUGUGGAACAAAAACAAGUCAGGCCUUUGCUGUUCCUAGAAGAUGGCGCUAAAGAGGAUUUUGAGGGCAUAAACACACAGAACCCCAAUGCUGUUGUUAUUGGCUUGGCACCAUCAUCCUUCAAUUAUGAGCAUCUGAAUGAGGCCUUUAGGCUGCUCAUGAAUGGUGCAGGUUUUAUAGCUAUUCAUAAAGCCAGGUAUUAUAAAACGAAGACUGGAUUAAACUUGGGGCCAGGUUUGUUUGUGACGGGCCUAGAAUCUGUGACUGACAAGAGAGCAGAGGUAGUGGGUAAGCCAGAGAAGACUUUCUUCCUGGAGGCAUUGAGGGACCUGGAUUGUAAACCAGAGAACACGAUCAUGAUUGGCGAUGAUGCACGUGAUGAUGUUGUUGGUGCUAUGGAAGCAGGAAUGAAAGGCAUACUUGUAAAGACAGGCAAAUACAGGGAAGGCGAUGAAUGCAGGUUUGCGGUACCACCUGUUACGACCUGUAAAGACUUCCCCACCGCUGUGGACUUUAUUCUAAAGUUGGGGACACGAUGAUGAAUAAGAAAAUACAAAUUCAAAAGAAUUGAUAGGAAAUCAGAAGUGGACAGAGUUAUGGAUCAUUGUACUGUGUGCAUCGACUUGACCUCAGGGGAAGAUCCGUUACUGGACUUUUAGAAGUCAAGCACUAUUUGAACCAAGGAGGACAGACAUUAAUGAAUCAUGUACCUUGGACUCCUGUAGCAGUGUCUGUUCUGAUGCAAUCAAGGACAGAAUCUCUGUAAACAUCAGUAGUGCAAGCCAAGCAAUUAACACUCGAUCCCGCCAGACAAAGCCCAAGUAAUGCACAUCGUGUAGAUAGUGUCGUAGGUGACAUUGCCCAUUACACAAGUGCCUUUGUCAUACCGACAACAACUGUGGCACGUGGGUCAAAAACAUAAAUUUGCGUCUAAAAUGGCUUUUCUAAAAGUUACUAUCUACAUGGCCUCUAUUCUAUAGAGGUGAAUGGCCAGAUCUUAUAAU